AUGCACAACCGUGCUCGAGGAAUUUUACAAUGGGAGCGUACGCACAAAGCAAUUGUUCCGAUCUGCUAUGAAGAGCAGAAAAAACAUCUUUUUGAUUUUGUGGUCUUGCUCUGGGAUCUAAAAGAAGGUUUGAUAAAUACAGCAAACAUGAUUAAACAAUUACAGGACGAGGAUAACGAUGGUAUCCAAGUUAUCAGGCAGACUUCCUCUGCAUCCAGGACUAGUGAUGACCUGAUGGGAUAUAGUUGGUAG